CGCCCCGACACGCACCAAGCCCUGCGCUCCGUCUGCACUCAGCGCGGCUCCGGUUCUCCUGCUGCGGAGGGAAAUCUGACCCGGGAACCUCCGGAACCAGCUCGGGACUUCCUACCUGUUCAGCCAUCAGCUGCCCGACCCCCCGCUGAGGACCCGCCGACACCCGGCCGCCUGUUUGUGGAGUUACCGGAGUUUUUGAGCGGGGCGAUGCGGGAGCGGGCGGAGUGAAGCCGCCCGCCCGGUGCGCGCUGCCUGUUCCCCGGGUGGAGAGGCGCGCAGCUCCCCGCCGCUCCUCUUCAUCACCGCUUCUUCAUCGGUUUGGAUUUUAACCCCGCGGGUCGGCCGGAGCUGUCCGCCCAUGGAUCCGCCGCUCCGCGCUUCCUGUGCGGGUCAGUGAGCGGGACGCAGCGGGAUGUUGUGAUUUAAACCCGCAGCUUUUACCGCAGGACUUUCACAUCUGGUAUACCGGGCCAGUUAGCAGCAGGAUCAGGAUGAGAAGAUGGCUGGCUAUGUGUUUCCAAUGGGACCAGAGAGCUUUAAGCGCUUCACGCCGGACUCCCUGGCGGCCAUCGAACAGCGCAUGGCCCAGGAGGAGGCCCGACGCAAAAAGCAGUACCAGGAGGACCUGGGCGAUGUGGAGCUGCCCCGGCCCCGGCCCGACCUGGAGGCGGGGAAGCAGCUGCCCCGGAUCUUUGCCGACAUCCCGUCUCACCUGGUGGGCGUCCCCCUGGAGGACAUCGACCCCUACUACUUCAGAGACAAGAGGACUUUCAUAGUGCUGAACAAAGGGAAGGCCAUCUUCCGCUUCAGCGCCACGUCGGCGCUCUACAUGUUCAGCCCGUUCCACCCCAUCCGCCGGCUCGCCAUCCGGAUCCUGGUCCAUUCUUUGUUCAGUUUGUUCAUCAUGUGCACCAUCCUGACCAACUGCUGCUUCAUGGCCAUGUCGGAGCCGGCCAACUGGGCCAAGUACCUGGAGUACACCUUCACAGGUAUUUACACCUUCGAGUCGCUCAUCAAGAUCCUGGCCAGAGGCUUCUGCGUGGGCCCCUUCACCUUCCUGAGGGACCCCUGGAACUGGCUGGACUUCAGCGUCAUCGUGAUGGCAUAUGUCACUGAGUUUGUGGACCUGGGUAAUGUGUCAGCCUUAAGGACGUUCAGGGUGCUGCGCGCGCUCAAAACCAUCUCAGUCAUCCCAGGCCUGAAGACGAUCGUCGGCGCUCUGAUCCAGUCGGUGAAGAAACUCGCUGACGUCAUGAUCCUCACCGUUUUCUGCCUGAGCGUCUUCGCCCUCAUCGGCCUGCAGCUGUUCAUGGGAAACCUGCGACAGAAAUGCGUCCGCAGCACGGAGCACUGCAUCAACGGCAGCCUGCCGGCCAACACCUCCUUCUUCUGCAAUAACAAGACCUGGGCCUCCAUCAAGGACUUCAUCGAAGACGAAGAUAAUUUCUACAAAGUGGAAGGAGCCAAGGAUGCCUUAAUCUGUGGAAACAGCAGCGACGCAGGGAAGUGUCCCGAUGGGUUCGACUGCCUGAAGACGGGCAGAAACCCAAACUACGGCUACACCAGCUUCGACACGUUCGGCUGGGCCUUCCUGUCGCUGUUCCGGCUGAUGACCCAGGAUUACUGGGAGAACCUCUACCACCACACGCUGCGGUCGGCCGGGAAGACCUACAUGGUGUUCUUCGUGGUGGUCAUCUUCCUGGGCUCCUUCUACCUGAUCAACCUGAUCCUGGCCGUGGUCGCCAUGGCGUACGAGGAGCAGAACCAGGCCACCAUCGCCGAGGCGUGUCAGAAGGAGCGCGAGUUCCAGCAGGCCAUGGAGAGACUGAAGAAAGAGCAGCAGAUGGCGGCGCAGAAACCGCCGGACUCCGACUCCCUGACCUCACCAGACCUCUCACCUCUUGGCCCGCCAUUGGAUAGCUCUGAGGAGCGGAGGCGGAGCCAGGCGCUGAUGGGUGUGGCCGACGGGGAGGGGAACCUGUCGGAGGAGAAGCUGCUGCAGGUGGACUUGAUGGACGGGGGAAAGGCCCUCCAUCCUCUCCUCGCUCGCUCCUUCUCCACGCGGACGCGACGAAGCAGUCAGGUGUCGUCCAUCUUUAACUUCCGGCUGAGGAGCCGAGGGUCGGAAGGCGAGAUGGCGGACGAUGAGUUCAGCGUUCCCGGCGACGUGGUGGAUGGCGUCGGUGGCAGGACGUACAGCGGCGGGACGUUCAGCGGCAUCCUGACCAACCCCUGGCCCAAACGCAGACUCAGCACCUACAGCACGGCCAGCAGGAACUCCCAGGUGUUUUAUCCCACCCUGAACGUCAACGGGAAGCUGUUCGUCUCCAUGGACCAGAACGGGGUCUCCCCGCCGCCGCUGCAGGGGCAGCUGCCUACCUGCACCAUGGAGAAGGUCAAGGAGGAGAGCGUCCCGACGUCCACCACGGAGCUCAGCACCAUGCUGCUGCCUCGACCUUCGUCCACGCAGGGGUCAGAGCGGAGGGGGAGGGCUAUGAGUGCCGCCAGCUACCUGACCGACGUCAUGGAGGAACUGGAGGAGUCCCAUAAGAAGUGCCACCCCUGCUGGUACGUGUUCGCCCACCGAUACCUGGUGUGGGAGUGCUCCCCCUCCUGGCUGCGGCUGAAACAGCUGGUGAAGAUCAUGGUGAUGGAUCCCUUCCUGGACCUGGCCAUCACCGUCUGCAUCGUCCUCAACACGCUCUUCAUGGCCAUGGAGCAUUACCCAAUGACGGACGAGUUCAACGGCAUGCUGAGCAUCGGAAACCUGGUUUUCUCGGGGAUCUUCACAGCGGAGAUGGUUCUGAAGAUCAUCGCCUUGGACCCGUACUACUACUUCCAGACGGGCUGGAACAUCUUCGACAGCAUCAUCGUGUGCCUCAGCCUCAUGGAGCUCGGAUUGUCUGAUGUGGAGGGGCUCAGCGUCCUGCGCUCCUUCCGGCUGCUGCGUGUUUUUAAGCUGGCCCGCUCCUGGCCGACCCUCAACACGCUCAUCAAGAUCAUCGGGAACUCCAUGGGCGCCCUGGGCAACCUGACGCUGGUCCUCGCCAUCAUCGUCUUCAUCUUCGCCGUGGUGGGGAUGCAGCUGUUCGGGAAGAACUACCAGGAGUGUGUGUGUAAGAUCUCCAAGGACUGCGUCCUCCCCCGCUGGCACAUGAAGGACUUCUUCCACUCCUUCCUCAUCGUGUUCCGGGUUCUGUGCGGCGAGUGGAUCGAGACCAUGUGGGACUGCAUGGAGGUGGCGGGGCAGCCGCUCUGCAUCCUCGUCUUCAUGCUGGUCAUGGUUAUCGGAAACCUGGUGCUGCUGAACCUCUUCCUGGCUCUGCUCCUCAGCAGCUUCAGCUCCGACAACCUCUCUGCCCCAGAUGAAGACGGGGAGAUGAACAACCUCCAGAUCGCCAUCCACCGGAUCACUCUGGGCCUGGGCUGGUGCCGCCGACAGGUGGCGGACUUCUUCAACGGGAACCUGAAGCGGCGGCGGCAGAAACGAAAAGAGGCCAAAGCCAUGAUGAAGCUGAAACGGCUGAGCACCGUUCACACUGAGGCCAACGGCGCCGUCAUCGGCCGCCAUGUGGAGAAGUAUGUGGUUCCGGAGGACGACAGCUACAUGACCAACCCCAACCUGACCAUCAGCGUUCCCAUCGCCCCCGGAGAAUCCGACGUGGAGUUUCCGGAGGAAGAGGAGGAGGAGGAAGAGGAGGAAGGUCAGGAGGAGCAGAGCGAGGGGUCCGAGGGAGACGAGGAGAGAGAGGAGGAGCAGAAAGAAGAAAUCAGCCUAUCAGAGGGCAGCACAGUGGACCUGAGGAAGCCUGGCGAGGAAGAGGACGAGUACUCAGAGCUGGCCGAAGAGGCCAUGGACCCGGACAACUGCUUCCCUGACGUGUGCGUGUCCCGGUUCCAGUGCUGCGACAUCGACACCACGGCGGGUCUGGGCCAGAUGUGGUGGAGAACGAGGAAGACCUGCUACCAGAUCGUAGAGCACAGCUGGUUCGAGUCCUUCAUCAUCUUCAUGAUCCUUCUCAGCUCGGGAGCUCUGGCCUUCGAGGACAUCUACAUCGAGCAGAGAAGGGUCGUCAAGGUGGUGCUCGAAUAUGCUGACAAGAUCUUCACCUACAUCUUCAUCUUAGAGAUGAUGCUCAAAUGGCUCGCCUACGGCUUCAAGAAGUACUUCACCAACUACUGGUGCUGGCUGGACUUCCUCAUCGUCGAUGUAAGACAUCCGCCCGCCUGGAGGUUUUGUAGGUCCGGUUUGACCCGGUUCGCCUUCCGGCCGGACAGGAGCCACUUCGACACUUUGAGCGCCGCCCUGAGGAACUCCUGCGGCGGUGCAGCACUGAUACGACAGCCGGUGAACCCUGGGUGUAAAGAGGCGACAGCCGUGCCUCAGUGA